CAGGGAGUUCAGAACAUGGAUCUGCCUACUGGGAGGAGUCGUCUGCUCUGGCAGCUACUACUGCUGCUGGUGUUGGGCGCUUGCCACGCCCAGUUCGAUGAGGUACAUGACGAGAGUGAAAGAGAAGCUUGGCUCCAGGGUGUGUUCACGCCGCAGCCUUUGCGGGUGGCACCCUGGCAGCUGGAGCCAGUUACACCGCCUCCGCCACCGCCGCCAAGUGGCGGAGUGCAUGUGCCCGGUGUGGGUCAGGUGUUUGGUCAGCGUGGCUAUAAGUUCAUUAAGAACCGACCAGUCGAUGCGUUCUUGGGCAUACGCUAUGCCCUGGUGAACAGUGGCCUCGGGCGUUUCCAGGCAGCCAGAGCGGCGCCCUACCAGCCGAUCAUCAAUGCAACCCAAUCGAGCCCCAACUGUGCCCAGUUCCCGGAAGUGCAGCGCCUACAGUUGACAGAGUCGCGCGGCGAGAACGUCGACGAUUGCCUUACUCUGGAUAUCUACGCGCCCGCCGGCGGACGCGAGCUGCCCGUCCUGGUCUUUGUGCACGGCGAGAUGUUGUUCGACGGCGGCGCGGAGGAGGCGCAGCCCGACUACUUGCUCGAACACGACGUGAUCCUGGUCUCCAUCAACUAUCGACUGGCGCCAUUCGGCUUUCUGGCGGCGCUCACCGAGGAGCUGCCCGGCAAUGUGGCUUUGUCGGAUCUGCAGCAGGCACUCGAAUGGGUGCAGCGCAACAUUCGUUACUUCGGCGGCGCCAGCAGCCAAAUUACGGUCGUUGGGCAGGCAGGCGGUGCCACGCUGGCCCACGCGCUCAGCCUGAGCCCCAAGACGCAGCACUUGUUCCAGCAGCUCAUUCUGCAGUCGGGCACUGCCUUGAAUCCCUAUCUGAUCGACGAAAGGCCACUGGACACGCUGGCCACCUUCGCCCAGCUCGCUCGCUGCCCCAGCGCUGGCCGCAACCUCAGCCCGCUCUACGAAUGCCUGAGUCGCCUGCGCACAUCCCAGUUGGCCAGCAUCUUUCAGCAGCUGUUGGAGCAGAACGAGCCACGCGGCCUCAGCUUCUUGGGCGGCUUCAAGCUGGUGGUGGGAGACUCCCUUGGCUACCUACCUGAGCAUCCGGCGGCGCUUGUCGCCAGCAACAGCGCCAACAAUACGUUAAAGCCCGCUAUUAUCGGUGCCACCAAGGAUGCCAGCGCCUUUAUAGUGUCCCGCUUCUACGAUCAAAUACAGCGCUUGCAGUCGCAAAAUAUCAGCGAUUACAUCAAUGUGGUGCUGCGGCACACCGCCCCGCCUCAGCAGCAUAAGAUAUGGCACGACUUGGCUGUUCGCGAGAUCUUUACGCCAGAGCAGUUGCGUUAUGUAACCGCUCGCAGCGUGUCGCAGGGCUUGGUGGAGUUGAGCAAUCUCAUAUUGUAUCGGGCGCCCGUUGUCUACUCGAUUCGUUCGUCCUACAAGAAGAACCCCACCUAUCUGUACACCUUCGACUAUCGCGGCGAGUAUCAUCGCUUUGCCCACUUUGGCAAUCCGCUGCCGUUCGGCGUGGAUGCCUCGCUGAGUGACGACUCCGUCUAUCUGUUUCCCUACCCGAAGGAUGCUAGCAAUUUGAAUCCCGAGGAUAAGUCGCUAGCCCGCGCCGUAGUUGCCAUGUGGGUGAGCUUUGCACAGACUGGCAUUCCGAAUCCGAACCCCAACGUAUGGCCCAAGGCGUCAUCGGAGUAUGGCCCAUUUUUGCGCUUUACCAAUUCGCGGCAAAGCAUUUUGGAGCUAGACCAGCACUUUGGCGAGAGCAUCAAUGUGCCUAACAUAUAUGCCCAGUACUUCAACACCACCAACACCAGCACCACCACAACCACCACAACAACAACCAGACGUCCGUAUUACCCCGCGCAGCCUUACAGGCCACCCCAGCAGCCCGAGUACAGACCACCACAACAGCCUUACAGACCUCCCCAGCUGCCCGAGUACAGACCACCCCAGCAGCCCGAAUACAGACCACCAGCCUUUAACGACUACUACGCCAGGGAACAGGAGGUGCGCAGGCAACAGUUGCUGCGUGAGCAGGAGGAGCGGGAGCUGAAGCUACGUGAGCAACAGGAGCGAGAACAGCAACAGCAGGAGGCGCUCUUACGCGAAGAAGAGGAACGCCAACGAGAAGAGCAGCAACGCCAAGCAGAACUGCAGCGAGAGAAACUGCUGCGAGAGCAAUUCGAGCGAGAGCAGCGACAACGUGAGGAGCAGGAGCGCGAGAACGCGGCUAGGCAAGAUGUUGAGGAAGACAACGAGGAUGAACGAGAGCUGCAGCAGCGCGAGUACGAGCUAAGGCAACAGCAAGAGCGAGAGCAGGAACGCGAGCAACAGCCACAGUUGGUGCCCAUUGACUCGGAGGAGCAACGUCUGCAGCAGGAGCGCGAGGAACAGGAGCGGGCACAGGAGGAACGCGAUCAGGAGUCACGAGAGCAACAUGAACGCGAGCAGCAGCAACGCGAGCAACUGGAGCGAGAACAACAAGAGCGAGAACAGCAAGGACGAGGCGAACAGACAUUCCCUGCGGAUGAUGAAAAUCCGCCAGAGCCAAGUGCCUAUCCGACCUACGAGGAUUAUGUCAAAGCCUACACGAGCUGGGUAGAGGAGCUCAACAAUCGCUACAACCCAGAGGACUUUGCAAGUGCUGAGCAGGAGGCAUCGCCUGACGACGCGCCUCUCAACGAUCCCUAUGCCCAGCCAGACGAAGAGCCUCUGUACUCCGAUAACACUCCACGACGAAUUAAACUCAUGCGCAGAUAUCAGCGAUUUAGUACCUAAAUAUAAAUAUAGAAAGUAAUCACUGCCCUAUUUCAUUUCGAUUUGUUAGCGUAUAUCAA